CACAUGACUGCCCGGUCAGCAGUCAACAUGGCGGAGACGGAGGUGGAGGCGGUGAAGGCGCUGUGCGGUCUGCUGAACGGAAUCGCGCAGAGAGUUUAUUACGGGAACUCGGAGAUCACGGAGGAGCUGCUAAAGGAUGAGCUUUACCCCGCCGUGUCUCAGGACGAGUUUCGGGCUCUGUAUGACAAAAUGAGGGGCCUUUUAAAGUCUGUGGCCGUGGCGGAUAUGGACCAGGCCCAGCUGGAGGCGUUUCUGACGGCUCAGUUGCGUAAGCAUGGUGGUGGAGGUACGAGCCCGGAGCAGACGGCGGCUCUGGCGAGGUUCUGGAAGGGACACCGUGCCCGGGUGCGAGAGAGCCUGGUGUCACAGAGCCGCUGGGAGCCUGCACUGAGAGGACUGAACUGGAGGGUGGACCUGCAGACCGCUACCAGCAGGGGGCAGAUGUCUAACAGCCCCGUGGCUCUGGUGGAGCUCGAGCUGGGGAGAAACGGACAGGACUCGGAGUUUGUGUGCUUGGAGUUUGAUGAAAUGAAGAUUAACCAGAUGUUGAAGAAGAUGACGGAAAUCCAAGAAAGCAUUGAUGGCAUUGUGCACCACAGCUAGAAUGAGAACCUGUGUGUGUGUGUGUGUGUGUGUGUGUGUGUGUGUGUGUGUGUGUGUGUGUGUGUGUGUGUGUGUGUGUGUGUGUGUGUGGUUAUGCACUUUGUCUUUAGUAAUUACUGCAUGUUCUUACACUGAUUUUUCAUGCAUGUAUGGUUUUUGUAAAAAAUAAAAUUUUAAUCUCUCUA